CGUUGGUCAACUUGUCAAAUUAAGAAAUUCGAUAGAUCAUUAUAUGUAAUGAAAUUAUAUUAUCAGUUACAUCGGGAAAAAGCCGAAAAUAUUGCGAUAUAAACAAUAUUUUUUUUGCUUGAUAGAAAAUUUUAUUUGUUAUGCACAUGCGCGACAAUUCUUUCAAUAAAAUAAUAAAAUGGAAUGCUAACUUCCAUGCUAUAACACAUUAUUUAGAGGUUAAAAAGCAAUCGCAAACUUAUUAAUUUAAUAUAUUCCUAAAAAUCUAAGACAAUUUUUAAUAGAUUCUUAAAUAUUUUAAACAAUAUGUUAUAUGCUAAUCUUAUAUGUGUUUACAAUGAUUGUAGUUUCAUAUUUAACCACUUGCGUAUAACACCUUGCGCACAACGAAAUAAGUGCGUGUCUAAAGGAAUCGGAGACCAUCGCGAAAGAGACGUGAUUAGCACUUUAAAAUUGUGAUUUUUAUUCACAAAAGAUAAAAAUUUAUAUGACUAUUUAUAAAAUAAGAUUAUCGCAAUUUGCGAAGAAAGAUGCCCGAUAAACUUACUAUCGAUGACUUUCCUGUUUUAAAGUCAAAACAUGUUUAUAUCAAGGAUACAAAAGCUACGAUAAAUAUUAUUAAUAUUAUGCUGCGUGAUGGAGCAGACCAUCUACAGAUUGUCACAGAUUUUGAUUUAACAUUGACCAAACAACAUGUUGAUGGAAAAUUGGUGCUUAGCAGCUUUGGUUUAUUUGGAAAAUGUAAUCAAUUACCAUCUGCGUAUAUGAAUGAGUCUAGACGAUUAUAUCACAAAUACAGACCUAUAGAAAUUGAUCCAGAUUUACCUUUAAAAGAAAAAAUAGAAGCUAUGAGCGAUUGGAUGAUAGCUGCUGAAAAAUUGUUAAAAGGAAUAGAAUUUGAUCCAAAAGAAUUGUCUGAAGUUGCAGAAAAAUAUGGUACACCUUUACGUGAUGGUACCAAAGAACUUUUGGAAAAGUUAUAUGAGGCUAACAUACCAGUUCUUGUAUUUAGUGCUGGUUUAGGAGAUGUUGUAGAAGCUGUUUUAAAAUGUCAUAAAGUUUUCUUUAAUAAUGUUAAAAUUAUAUCGAAUUUUCUUAAAUAUAAUGGUAACAAAAUAGAUGGAUUCAAAAACAAAAAAUUAAUACAUGUUUUUAAUAAAAAUGAACAUGCUCUUGAGCAAGAAUAUUUUAAAGUUAUUGAAGGAAGACGACAUGUAUUACUAAUGGGUGAUACAACUGGAGAUGCAAGUAUGGUUAAUGGUAUGGAUGACACAAUAGCAGUAUUAAAAAUUGGAUUUUUGUAUGACAAAGCAGAAGAAAAUCUGGCUAAUUAUAUGAAGGAGUUCGAUAUCGUAUUAGUGGAUGAUCAAACAAUGCAAGUGGCAACAGAAAUAUUAAGAACUAUAUUAAAAUAAUUAUAUUAAGAUUUAGAAAUUAUUUAUAAUUUUUUUUUCUUGCAAUGAACAAGAGUUUACAUAAAAACAGUGUACAAAAGUUUUUGUAUUGAGUAUGUUCCACGCAGGGUGUGAAGCCCAAGUAUUCACUUAUUAAAUACUUUAUUAUAUAUAUUUUAAUGUAUUUACGUUUAACUAAAAAUUUUAUAAACUUGAAAAUAAUUAAUUAUCAUUAUUCUGUCGCAUUGACUUACCAGUUGACAAAAAUCAUGCUGUCUUCAUAAAUUAAAGAUAUUGACAUUUUGAUGAACUUUUAGUCUUAUUGCUUUGGAGUUUCAUGCGACUUUUUUUAUUGCGUGUAAAAUGUUAUAUUUUAAAUUAAGUUCUAUGUAAGUUUUAAUUUGGUAUAAAAAAAAUUGUUCAAUA